AUGUGCGCCAUGGACCCGUCGUCCAUCCAGGCUUUCCGCGCAAACUUCUCUGCCGCCGAGGGCGGGCACCGCCAUCUCCUGCGAUGCUGGUCCCACCAGGACUGCCGCGGGUGCUUGGCCGACGAUGAAUGCAGCUGGUGUCCAUUCACCUGGGCAUGCGUCCCCAACUCAUACCCGAUACCGCUGCUGGCCCCGGCCUACGACGCCCAUGUGUGCCCUCAUCCCGCUGAGCAGUGGGAGCUGCGCACCAGGCCCUUUGGCUGUCGCGUCUCGACCACGACGAGCCUCACGGCCCUCGUCGCCUUCUUGGCUGCCCUGCUUCUCGUCUCCUGGACCGCCCUCAACAUCGUUGCCCUCCGCCGAUGGCGGCGAUACACGGAGCAGAAGCCCAACUGGGACCAGGGGUACAUCCACCCUUGGCGCGCUGCUUGGAUGCCGCCGGAUUCUCGCGAGCAACAGCCGCUGCUGGGCGAGCAGGCAGGGCGCUGA